ACACACGCUGAGUUUGGCGGGGGAUUCGGGACAGGAGCCGGCGCCGGGAGCGGGACUGUUCACUUCACCAGUAGCUUAACUGAGUGUGGAACUUUAACAUGGGAUCCGCCUGACCCAGUGUCCGUGAGUGUGUGUGUGUCUGCCUCUGUGUGUUAGUGUGUGUGUGAUUUUGUGUGAGUGCGAGUGUCUGUGAGUGUGACAGUGUGUGUGUUUGUAUGUGAGUGUGCGCGGCUCAAAGGCAGGGCACUGGCCGAGCUAUGAACAUCUCGGAGGACGCGCAGUGGGGAGACCCAGCCAACGGGACCGGAGGUUUCGUCCAGAUGACUGAGACAGCUAAAAUCGCCACCUCUGUGGUCUACGGGACCAUCUUCAUCUGCGGGGCGGCUGGGAACGUCCUGGUCAUCCUAGUCAUUUGGAUGUUGAGGAGCAAGACCCUGGUGCAGAGGAGCCUGAGCCGGCACAUGAUGAGCAUGGCAUGUUCUGAUCUCCUCAUCCUUACUGUCGGGCUGCCCAUAGAGCUGUACGGCAUCAUCUGGUACCCGCACCCCUGGCCAAUCGGAAACGCUGGAUGCAAAGGAUUCUACCUGCUCUGGGAAGUGUGCAGUUAUGCGUCGAUAUUUAACGUCCUGACCUUCAGUUUGGAGCGCUACAUAGCCAUCUGUCACCCGCUGCAGAUCAAGUUACUGGCCAAAUCGAGGACCAGCAACCUGAUUGGCUUGGUUUGGGCCCUGGCGUCCAUCAUAGGGUUGCCUGUUGCUUUUGCUAUCGGUGUAGAAGAUGCUUGGAAGCCCUUUAGACCCCGAGGGGAUGAAAGACCACCCCUCAACAUUUGUACCAAUAUUUCCGGAAGGAUGUCUCUCUACCGGCUGGUCAUCUACCUCUCUUUCUCCCUUUACGUUCUGGUGCUCCUGUUGGUGGGUUUUACCUGCAGGGAGAUGAUAAAAACCCUCCUCAGAAGUCGGCCGGUGUCUGUCACACUCCAGCAGACCAACUCCACAGGCAGGGUUACGACAGGGUUUAAAGAGAUAAGACGGCAAAAUGUUGUGAUGCUGGGAUGUAUUGUUGCAACAUUGGCUGUUUGUUGGUUUCCGUUCCAAGCGAGGCGUCUAAUGACAGCUGUUCAGUCCAAAAGCCAGUGGACGAAGCAUUACUACAGCUCUUACCUUGUGAUGCAGCCCAUUACCAACUCUCUCUAUUACAUCAGCUCAGCCGUCAAUCCUUUCCUUUACAACGUGACCUCCAAACAGUUCCGCAAGAUGUUCGUACAAGUGCUGAGAGGCUGCUGUCGGUCUGGCCCCGUCCCAUCAGAGCAUGGGAGAAACGCACAUUCAGACGUGAAGCAAGAGUCCAAUUGAUGAAACAGGAUAUUGUCCUUCACCAGAAAUAACAAAGAGUGAAGGAGUAUCUUCACCCAGAACGACUCCAUUCUAGCUCUGCUGCGAGAUGAAGAUGUAUUUAAAAUAUUCCUCAAAAAGAUUCUCCUGGUGUGGCAAAAAGGUUUCAAAACUUGUUCCUUGUUCUUUUUUGAUUCGGUAGCAAGGGCAUCACAUGUUAAAGGUGAUAUUUGUUAUUGAGUUAUAGACCCAGUGGGCACUUUAUUAGGUACAGGACUGAAUCACGGUGUCGUCUCUGCAACAGUGAAGUGGACGGUGAAUCCAAUAACAGAUUGUGCAUUUAGCCACCAGGCCAGCAGAGUAACCCUGAGGUUUAACAGAACAGUGUCCUCAGCUGCACAUUUGUUAGUGUGAAGAGCCUUUCAAGAGCUACUUUCAAUUAUGGUAUUUUGGAGGUUGAGUUCUCCCUCUUGUUACCUUCUGUACCCAAGAAAUAAAUUAACUAUUGAGAAUAAACACUCAGUGGCUAGUUUAUUAGAGACCUCUUGUACCUAGUAAAGUGGCCAUUGAAUGUAUGUUCAUGGUCUUCUGCUGCUGUGGCCCAUCCACUUCAAGGUUCAAUGUGUUGUGCGUUCAGAGAUGCUCUUCUGCACACCACUGUUGUAACGCAUGAUUAUUUCAGUUGCUGUUGCCUUCCUGUCAGCUUGAACCAGUCUGGCCAAUCUCCUCUGAUCUCUCUCAUUAACAAGGCAUUUUCAGCCACAGAACUGCUGAUCACUGGAUUUUUUUUUUGUUUUUUGCACCAUUCUCUGUAAGCUCUAGAGACUGUUGUGUGUUAAAAUCCAACCAGGAUAUCAGCAGUUUCUGAGAUACUCAAACCACCCCAUCUGGCACCAACAAUCAUUCCACGGUCAAAGUCACUUAGAUCACAUUUCUUCCCCAUUCUGAUGUUUCGUCUGAACAACAACUGAACCUCUUGACCAUGUCUGCAUGCUUUUAUGCAUUGAGUUACUGCCACAUGAUUGGCUGAUUAGAUAUUUGCAUUAACAAGCAGGUGUACAGGUGUACCUAAUAAAAUGGCCACUGAUAUAUUUUAUUUUUUGAAAAGAAUUUCCUGGUGUAACGAAAAUAUUUUAAAAUUUAUUCCUUAUUCUUUUAUGAUUCAGCAGCAAGAGGUAUUAUGUGUUAAAGGUUAUAAUAAAUUACUUUAUUAGAGUUAUAUAAAGAAUAAAUCACAGAAAGAAAGAAAAUUGGUUAAUCAAAGUUCAAAGUAAAUUUAUUAUCAAUGUACAUAUAUGUCACCAUGUAUAACCCUGAGAUUCAUUUUCUUGUGGGCAUACUCAAUAAAUCUAUAGAAUAAUUACCAGAACAGAAUCAAUGAAAGAUUGCUCAGCAUGGACGUUCAACUGGAGCGCAGAAGACAACAAUCUGUGUAAACACAAAAAGAAAGAAAUAAUAAUAAUAAAUAAAUAAGCAAUAAAUAUGGAGAACAUGAGGUGAAGAGUCCUUGAAAGUGAGUCCAUUGGUUGUGGGAAUAUUUCAGUGAUGGGGCAAGUGAAGUUGAGUGAAGUUACCCCCUUUGGUUGAAGAGCCUGAUGGUUGAGGGGUGGUAACUGUUCCUGAACCUGGUGGUGUGAGUCCUGAGGAUCCUGUAUCUUCUUCCUGAUUGCAGGAGCAAGAAGAGAGCAUGGCCGGGGUGGCAGGGGACCCUGAUGAUGGAUGCUGCUUUCCUGCAACAGUGUUUCAUGUAGAUGGGCUCAGUGGUGGGAAAGGCUUUACCCGUGAUGGGCUGGACUGUAUCUGCCACUUUUUGUAGGAUUUUCCAUUCAACUACUAGUGGCUGAGACAAAACUACACUUAUCAACCAGUUCUCAUCACUGAGUCAUGCCACACAACGUACUGCCUGAGGGUUCAGCAGCUUUACCCGUCUCCCUCUCAAUGCCAGCUCUUAGCAAGAGUCACAACCCAGCCUAAGAGAAGACCCCCCCCGCUUUUUUUAUACCUGUCAAAAUCACUUCAGAAGUUUAACAUAGCGUAGCAGUUAGUGUGACACUACGACAGCUCAAGGCAUCAGAUUUCAAUCCCUGUCUCCUCUGUGAGGAGUCUGUCUGUAUGUCCUCCCUGUGGAAUGGGUGGGUUUUUUCCGGGUGCUCCAGUUUCCUCCCACAGUCCAAAGACGUAUAGAGUAGGUGAAUUGGUCGUUGUAAAUUGUCCUGUGAUUAGGUUAGGGUUCAGCCGGGGUUGUCAGGUGUUGCUGGGGUGGUGAGAUUCGAAGGGCUGGGAAGGCCUAUUCCGCAGUGUAUCACCAAAUAAAAUAAAAAUAUUACCCCAGUACCUUUCCAUCCCUUAGUGAUACCAGCUUGUACCUUAUCUCUUGUGAACUUUGGCUAGGCACAUAGAGUCAUAGAGCACUACAUCAUAAAAACAGGCCCUUUGGCCCAUCUAGUGUGUGCCGUACAGUUAUUCUGCCUAGUCCCAUCGAUCUGCGCCCAGACCAUAGCCCUCCAUACCCUCCCAUCCAUGUACUUAUCCAAAAUUCUCUGAAAUGUUGAGAUCGAACCCACAGCCGCCACUUGCGCUGGAAGCUUGUUCCACUCUCUCACCACCCUCUGAGCGAAGAUGUUUCCGCUCAAAUUCCGGUUAACUAUUUCCCCUUUCACCCUUAACCCAAAACCUCUAGUUGUAGUCUCACCCAACCACAGUGGAAAAAGCCUGCUUGCAUUUACCCUAUCUAUACCCCUCAUAAUUUUGUAUACUUCUAUCAAAUUCCUCAUUUUCCUACACUCCAAGGAAUGAAGUCCUAACCUUUCCGUAUCACUCAGGCCCUCAAGCCCCUUGUAAAAUUUCCAACUCUUUCAACCUUAUUGAUAUCUUUCCUGUCGGCAGGGGAACAGAACUCCAAGUGAUGAGACCUGGGUGGUGGCAGAGAGUUCAGCAGUCUCCUGGCCUGGAAGAAGAAACUGUUUCCCAUCCUACCGGUCCUUGUCCUAAUGCUACGGUACCUCCUGCUUAAUGGUAUGGGGUCAAAGAGGUUGUGGGAUGGGUGGGAGGAAUCCUUGACAAUGCUGAGGGGCCUGCAUAGGGACCGCUCCUGCUAAUAAUCUCGAAUGGGUGGAAGAGAGACCCAAGGAAGGUCAAAAUAUAGAAGCUCUCUUUACAACCCUGUCUAACACACAACAUAGAACCAGGUCAAUAAGGAUUGAAACAAGCAUGGAAACAGGUCUGUAAGGAUGAAAAUAUUCUCAUCCAAGCCAGGACCACCAGAGUCAAAAUAAGUUACUUUCCCCAGGCAGUAAGGCUGAUCAAUAACUCCAGCCACUAACCCACCCCUCCACGCCCCUAACCACCACUACUUUAUCAUUUCCUGUCAGAAUCACCUUAUGUACUCCUGUGCCUGGAGUCACAUUAUGGACAUACAAUCAAUCUACAUAUAUAAGCUAUCUUAUCUAUUUAUAUUUAUUGUGUUUUUAUUAUUAUUGCGCUCUUUGUCUUUAUUGCAAUUCUUGUGCUCUAUUGGAUGAGGUGUAACAAUUAUUACAUUCUCCUUUACACUUGUGAACUGGAAAUGACAUUAAAUAAUGUUAAAUCUUAAACACUCUUGAUCUUGAAUCUUGAUGAAUUAAAUGUAACUUGUUCCUUACACCUCAGUAUUAAACAGACCAAGCCAGGUCAAGAGUUUUAUUCUGCUAUCUUAACUUAACCAUGUUAAACCUUUACUCUGAUUAAAUACCUCCAUGAAAUCUUGCCUCACAAUAAACAAAAUUCCAAGUAUUAUCACAGGAACUCGCCAGAAUUUAGGAGAAUAAGGGGAGAAUCUCAUUGAAGCCUAUUGAAUAUUGAAAGACCUAGAUAGAGUGGACAUGGAGAGGAUGGUUUCCAUAGUCAGAGAAUCUAGGACUAGAUAGCACAGUCUCAGGAUACAAGGACAGAGAUGAGGAGAAACUUCUUCAGCCAGAUGGUGGUGAAUCUGUAGAAUUCAUCACCACAGAUGACAAUGGAGACCAAUUCAAUGGGUAUACUUAAAACAGAGAUUGAUAGGUUCUUGAUUAGUCAGGACAUCAAAGGUUGCAGGGAGAAGGUAGAAGAAUGGGUUUGGAGGGAUAAUAAAUCAGCCAUGAUCAAAUGGUAGAACUUGAUGGACAAAAUGUCCUAAUUUUGCUCCUAUGUCUUAUGGUCCAAUUAAAAAUAAAGUCCAUUUUUUUCUGAUUGAUGGAUAAUCAAAAAAAGGUGGUGGGUUACAGAGUGAAUGGAGGACACAACAGAUGCUGGCAACUUAUAGCAACGCACAUAAAAUGCUGGCAGAUCUCAGCAGGUUAGGCAGCCUCCGUGCAGGGGAAAUGGACAUGCAAUAUUUUGGGCCGAGAUCCUUCAUCAGGGAUUGGAAAGAAGAGAGGAGAUGGCCAGGAAGGAAAGGGUGGCGCAAGAACUGACAGGUGAUAAGUAGAUCUAGGUGAGGGGUGUUAGGGCAUAUUCUGGAGAAAUGCUAUAUAGCAAAUAUUAAUUUCAACAGCAAACAGUCUUCAGAUCUGAAUAUGGAUUUUAAAUCAAAUUUAAUAUGCAGCUCAGAACAAUGGUCUUCCUGGAGCUGCAUUUUAGAGUAAAUUGUAGACCAGAAAAUAUCCAAUUGACCUGAGAUGUCUGCAUAUGCAUGAAUGCAAUCAACAUCUCAUUGCAUGAAUAUGACUCAGAGACCACAGUAAUUAACACUCAUUUUGGGUGUGCUGGUGGAAAGAUUCAGGAAUUUGAAAAGUUCCGCGUAACUCAAAGGAAGCAUUAUGAGAGCAUUGUAUCUAUAUAAAUUGUCCUGUUACCUUUAUUCUUUAAUGUACAAAAAUGUGCUGUAAUGUUGGGCUGGGGAGUCUCUUUCUCUCUUGAGUGACUCCAAAGGAUGU